UUUCGGCCACCACCUUAUUUAUCGCUGCUCUGCUGCGGUGUUUUCCACCCCCUUCCUUGCCAGACAGCCAACAACCCCCCUCCUGCCCCCGUGGAGUUGAUGCCGGAAUACCCUCGAUUGCGAUCACAACCGCCUCGCCCGCAAUUCCACCCAGAACUGUCGCUACGAGUCUGACAAGCCCUGUGUAGCCAAUUGUCGCGACCAAACCUGGGACUGUCAUGUCGCCAAGCGAACCAUAGAGGAUUCAAGGGGGAACUGAUCUGUGGGCAACCAAACAGCGCUAGAAAGAGACAAGCUACAACUAUUCGGGCGGCUGGACGAUCUUCUGGGAUGGUCUGAAACGGCCAGCAAGAUUCCACGAUGUCCGACAAAAUCAGCCUUUUGCCGUUGGAGCUCACCCUUCACAUACUCUCCUACCUCCCUUUCGAGUCGCUACUUGCGUUCGGGGAGACAUGCCGUGCCAACUACGAAUCUCACACGCUCUGCCUUCGAUGCCUACGGCUAGGGGUUUUUGAAAAGCGCAUCCACUCCGUGAUAUCCUUGCUCCAGGCUGGCUGGACCACGCCGGACCAGGUGGCUUAUGUCCCGAACAACGAAAAGGGUGGCGGGACUCACUUCACGAUCUCUAUCAUCCAACCUGCCAUGGGUGCCGUGAGCCCCGGCUUUGGUGCCAAGUCUCUCUUGAAAACGAAUGCUCCCAAAAGGCGGGUCCAUAUGCCGCAGGAAAUGUCUCGGACACUGGAGCAGACCGUCCGCGAGCAAAACAAGAUCUUCACCCAGGUAGUAGACCGGUAUGGCCGAGGACUUAGGAUGCUGGAGUUUAUGGCAUAUGAUCUCGACGACGAGGGUGCGAUGGCGCUAGCCACCAAGUGCCAGACCAUGCUGCAACAUUUGGCAUUGCGCUUCGAGCACCCACAUAUAAGAGACGGCCCCAUCAGACCGAAUGCUUGGCUGAGCCCGUCACCAGGGAGCACGGCUUGGAAUGUGCUGAUCGGGAUUGGACGAUAUCAGCAGCUUGGGCUUUGCGGGCUGCGAACGUUGAUUAUAGAGCGGGCGGGGAUUACUCCAUGGCAGUUGAUGAUGUUGGUGAAGAAGAACCCCAAGUUGACUGUCCUGAAACUGAGGACCUGCCGCGGUGUUCAGUCCGAGUUUUUGGACUGGCUAGGCGGCUUCACGUCUGAUCCAGAUGAGUCCGAAACCGAGGAUGAUGGCCUAGCCCCCGGUCGAAGGCUGGAAGUUCUCUGGCUGGAAAAUUGCCACGGCAUCACGAUCCAUCCCGCUGCAGGUCAUGAAGAUCUGUCAGACAAAGCUUGCGACGUUGGUCUCGAGUGGGUCCGAGGUCUGACAAGUCUGAAGUCUUUAUCCUUUAGCGAAAGCACACACCUUCCGCCUGCCUACAUUGACAGGGCAAAUAGAGUCAUUUGGAAGAUCCCAGAGGUCAUCUUGCCAUAUUCCUGCCAUGGGGAUAAGGCCGGCAUUGAAGUUGAUCCUAGUAUUUUACAGUAGCCUACCACGGCAGCUGUUCCUUUCUCGCUCACUGUGGUUUGGUGUUUUUAUGAAGGUGGCUUCGUGAUUUCAUUUUGAGAUGUUUGCAAUAGACCACCACUCUUUGUGUAACAGUCAAUAUGCGUGCUAGAUCUUGGGCUACUCCACAAAUAAGAUUACUGCUUUUG